AUGGCUCCAAUCAACGGGACGACCACCGAUGAUCCUGUCAGUCUGAUCGCCAAACUCCAAUAUCUCGCUCCAAGACUCUCCAACACCGACGAUCCCCACGCAAGGAGAGAAUGUCUCCAGCUCAGCAAAGCACUCACGGCCCAGCUGGACCAGCCGGAGAAUGUCGCGGUGGACAUGGCAUUCUCGCCCAUGAUUGCAGUCACUGCGCGAAUCGCAGUUGAUCUGAAGCUCUUCGAGCUCAUUGUCCAGCAUGGUCCCGUCACAGCAGACAAGCUAGCUACCCUCUCUGGCGCAGAGGAGCUCCUAAUCGUUCGCCUCCUCCGCCUCCUCUGCUCCGUGCACUUCGUCCACGAAUCUUCAACCCCCGGCCAAGCCUCCAUCCCCAGCUACUCCGCCACACGCAUCACACACGCCAUGGCAACCCCCGAGAUCGCUGCGGGCCACCGCAUGAUCUCACAGCUCAUCGUCCCCGCCAUGCAGAGCGCCCCAGCCUUCUUCACGCAGCACGGAUACUCCUCACCCACUGACCCGAAGAACGGCCUUGUGCAGCUCGCCUUCAACACGGACAUGACCAUGUUCGAGUACAUCGCGUCGGUCCCGGCCCUGAUGCAGGACUUUAAUCUCUUCAUGGGUAAUACCAUGGGGGCCCGCGGGUACUGGGUUGACUGGUAUCCCGUGCAAAACCGGAUUCUGGACGGGGCAAAGCAGGAUAACGCAUUGAUUGUGGAUGUGGGUGGUGGGAAGGGGCAUGAUCUGGUGGCGUUCAACGAGAAGUUCCCUGGGGCGGGACGGCUUGUAUUGCAGGAUCUGGCGGCUGUUACGGAUGCGCUGGAGCUGGAUGAUCUAGGUAGUAAGGGGGCGAUCGAAAAGGUCGCGUAUGACUUUUUCACGGAGCAGCCGGUGAAAGGCGCAAGAGCCUAUCUCUACCACCACAUCCUCCACGACUGGUCCGAUGCGUUCUGCCUGCGCAUCCUCGAGCAGGUCGUCGCCGUCAUGACGCCAGGGUACUCGAGGCUCCUGAUCCACGAGAUGAUUGUUGCGGAGGCCCGCGCGCCGCAGUUCCAGGCGCAGCUGGAUAUGACUAUGAUGGCGUUUAACAGCGGCAUGGAGCGCACGAGGCGGCAGUGGCGGGAGCUCCUGCAGAGGGCGGGCCUGCAGGUCGUGGAGUUCUGGGAGCCGAAGGAUGAGGGCGGGGAUGGGAUUGUUGAGGCAGUGAGGGUUUAA